CAAUCCGUUUUUCAGGGUGGCCCUCCGCCACCUCAGCCAAUCAGCUCCCCGGCAGCGCGACUGACCCCGGUAGUGUCUGCGUCACCUCUGCCGCCGGGAAGAUGGCGCAGAGGCUCGCGCUGAGGAGGUUUCUAUCCAUCUCCCCCCAAAAGCUCUCUGUGCUGCCUCUGUCUAUCCUCUCCAAGGUGUCGGCAGUACCAUGCUACCCUAGAUCACUUGUUCCUCUUACCCCGAUCACUGUGCCUGCUUCCAUUAGGACGUUUUCUACCACACCUGUCUACAGGGCCACCUUUAACAUCCAGGAUGGGUCUGACUUCCAGGACAGAGUUGUGAACAGCCAGAAGCCAGUGGUGGUAGAUUUUCAUGCACAGUGGUGCGGCCCCUGCAAGAUCUUGGGCCCCAGGUUAGAGAAGAUGGUGGCCAAGCAGCAUGGGAAGAUACUGAUGGCAAAAGUGGACAUUGAUGAUCACACAGACCUGGCCAUUGAAUAUGAGGUCUCAGCUGUGCCGACUGUGCUGGCUAUGAAGAACGGAGAUGUUGUGGAUAAGUUUGUGGGGAUAAAGGAUGAGGAUCAGCUGGAGGCCUUCCUUAAGAAACUCAUUGGAGCCUGAACAAGAGAAACCUGCACCCAGGCCUCUGGAUUUGGUCAUGUUGCAUGCUCUCUUACCAGGGGAGGCGUGAAGCAAAACUGAACUGCCUUGUAGAACCUGUCCCCUUUUUGUGUGUGGGUAUGGCCCACCUUCUCCUCCUGGGCAGCAGUAGUCCUGAGCAAUUCUGAGGGAUGGUGAGAAGUAAGGCCGCUCAUCCUCAAAGUGGGUGGGAGAAGCUGGAAAUGGGCUUCCAUCUGUCUGCAAAGAACUGGCAGUGGGAAAAGCAGGACGGCUGCUGAAUUAGAGGUGUGUUUAUCAGUGUCUGUCCUGUCCAGACUAAGAGCAGUGGGUGCAGGAUGUGGACACGUAUUUGCUCUGGGUGAGUUUUUGUUAAAAUCGGGGAUUGCUCUGCUUCAUCCAUGAUACUUGCAUCCUUGUCCUCAUGUUGCUGGGACAAAUAUGAAUCCUCCGUGGCUCCCUUGAGCCUAUGCCACACUCUUUCCUGCUGCUGAUUUAUGAAGAGAAACAUUUUUGGGAGGUGGGGUUUGUAUGUCUGUAAUAAAGAGAACUUUAUUAAUCA